AUGGCGGGCCAGCAGUUGAAGGCUGCCAUUCUGGUGGUCUCGGAUACUGCGUCGCAAGAUCCCUCAUCGGACAAGGUCGUCGGGACCUUAAACGAUGUCUUCGCAGCUGCGGGGGUAAACAACUGGGACCAGCCGGUCACCAAAAUAGUGCCGGACGAUAUUCUCCAGAUCCAACGUACCGUGUGCGAGUGGACUGAUGGGCCUGAUGUAGUCAAUUUGAUCCUCAUUAGCGGUGGAACCGGCUUUGCCGUCAAGGAUAACACGCCCGAGGCAGUGACGCCUCUCCUCCAUCGCCAAGCGCCUGGUCUUGUGCAUGGAAUGAUCGCCUCGUCACUGAAGGUCACACCUUUUGCUAUGAUGGCACGGCCUGUUGCCGGGACUAGGAAUAAAUCACUAGUCAUUACACUACCUGGCUCCCCCAAAGGUGCAAAGGAGAACCUUGAAGCCGUCAUCAAGCUGCUACCCCAUGCAUGCACCCAAGCCGCUGGUGCAGACUCAAGAACACUCCACGCCGGAGGGGUGAAAAAGCUCGAGGCUGAAGCCGGAGUCAAGUCUCAGCCGCAGAACGAUCAUCACCACCAUCAUCACGAUCACUCCCACAGUCACGGUCAUGGCCAUGGACAUACUGUCCCUAGGGCACAUACUACACCUUCAGAACGCCGAUCAAAUGACCCCACAGCAGGGGCAAACCGACGGUAUCGCGAGUCACCGUAUCCAAUGCUUUCCGUAGACGAUGCACUGAAACUAAUUUCGGCUCAAACACCGGAUCCAGAGGUGGUCGAGGUUCCCGUGAAUAUCGACUUGGUUGGGUACGUUAUCGCGGAAGAUGUUUACGCAGCCGAGGCAGUACCAGCAUAUCUCGCAAGUAUUGUCGACGGAUAUGCUGUGAUAGCCCCCGAGUCUCCAUCCGACGGACAAACUACAAAGGGAGUUUUCCCAGUGGCGUCGAUUACUCACGCCAAUGAAGGUGGCGUCCUGGCACCGCUUGAGCCUGGCAACAUCGCCCGUAUAACGACGGGUGCUCCUCUCCCGCCCAACGCCAAUGCGGUUGUCAUGGUCGAAGAUACCCUGCUGGCAUCUUCAACCCCUGAUGGUACGGAGGAAGCCACCAUAGAGAUCCUCACUGGAGAAAUCAAGCCCAACGAGAACGUUCGCCAACCAGGUAGCGACGUUUCACUUGGAUCUAAGAUUCUCCAACGAGGCGACCUGAUCACCUCUGUUGGUGGUGAGAUCGGUCUCCUGGCCGCCACAGGAACAAAAUCCGUCAAAGUAUUCAGAAAGCCCACUGUGGGAGUCUUGAGUACAGGCGAUGAGUUAGUCGAGCACGAUGAUCCCAGAUCACUUCAGGGAGGCCAGAUCCGAGACUCUAAUCGGCCUUCGAUAUUGUCCUGCCUGAAAUCAUGGGGUAUCCCGGCGGUCGACCUAGGAAUCGCCCGCGAUACCCCAGUCGGUGAGCUCGAAGAAAGCCUUCGGAAUGCUCUACGCGGAGUUGGAAAGUCCAACACCAGCGUUGACGUGAUCAUCACUACAGGUGGAGUUUCAAUGGGGGAGCUCGACUUGCUCAAACCCACCAUUGAGCGCAAUCUCGGCGGCACAAUCCAUUUUGGCCGUGUCUCUAUGAAGCCCGGAAAGCCAACCACCUUUGCUACAGUGCCAUUCAAGCCAACCUCCUCUACACAGGGACAACAGGAACGCAGCUCCAGGCUCGUCUUCUCACUCCCUGGGAACCCCGCCUCGGCACUCGUCACCCUCAAUCUCUUUGUCCUGCCGUCCCUGCACAAACUCCUGGGACUUGGUCAGAAGCAGGCCGCUUUAGGGCUCACUCCGUCGUUCGGACUGCCUCUUGUAGCGGUAACCUUAACGCACCCGUUCCCGGUCGAUCCAAAGCGCACUGAGUACCAUCGAGCUAUCGUCACGGCGUCGCGGAAAGACGGACGGCUUUACGCGACAAGUACAGGCGCAGAGGGUGUAGGACAACGUAGCUCACGGGUAGGUAGCCUGGCCAGUGCUAAUUCUCUCCUGGUUCUCCAGCCAGGAAAGGGCCGCAUUCCGGAAGGGACCCUGGUAGAGGCAUUAAUGAUGGGGUCUGUAGUUCAGGGCGACUAG